AUGCCAUCCAUCCCGCUGCCACUGCUGCUCCUCACCUUGGCUGGUGUUGGUCUCCACGCGGGGCUGCUCCUUCCGGAGGGGAGGGAGAAGGCGGGAACGAGUCCCCUGGAUGACAUCCUGCAGAGAUCGGAAAGCCUCCUUCUUCAGUCUGUCCUCAAGAGAGCUGAAAAGGAGGGAGAGACCAAAAAAGAAGCAAAUGCCCCUCUGCCAGAAUGGCUUUCCAACAGACAACACCCUGGGAAAAAGUACCUAAGUGACCUGGAGAAGAGACAGCAUCCUGGCAAAAGAGAUGUUGAGGGAGACACAUUUGAUGGAGACAUUCAGAAGAGGCAGCAUCCAGGGAAAAGAGAGAUAGAAGAUGACCUUGAGGGCUACCUGGAGUUGAAAAAGCGACAGCAUCCUGGCAGAAGGUCACUGUCAGAUCAGCUGGACGACAUCCCCAGUGUGCAGCUAACCUAUCUGAAUGAGUUAUCCAAAAGACAGCACCCAGGCAGAAGGUAUUUGACAUACAAGCGGCAGCAUCCUAGCAAAAGAGGCUGGAAUGAUGAGGUAGAGCUCGAUGACCAACACGGGGAGAAACGCCAGCACCCUGGAAAAAGGCUCUGGAAUUCUGGCGGCCCAGAUGACGCAGGGCCCUGCAACUUUCAGGAGCCCUUCACCUGCAACAAAGGCAGCUCGCUGCUUGAUUUGGUACAAAAUGUUAGCAAAGACAGGGUAGAAAAAAAACGUCAGCACCCAGGAAAGAGAUCAGAAUGGGAGAGUGAAACAGAGGAAUGAGAAUAUAAUCGUGUAUCAUUCACAUUUGGUGCAGUAAACUGCCAGAUCACUAACAAAUUCUGUUCACUCCCUUUGGCUUCCUGCUGCUGACCCCUGCACUUAUCUUUCAGUGCAUUCAUGUUCCCAUUUAUCAGCUUUGUCACACGCUUCAAGGAAAGGAACUAAAGGACCCAGCUGAAUGGACAGACAAGUACCAAGACUCUUCAACUCCCCCACUUUAGGAAGUUAAGAGUGCUCAUUUCCCUAUGGGCCCAGACCCCAGAAUAAUCCCACUGUGUGUGUCCAAUUUUCUGUUCCCAAUGACUAAAACAGGCCCUUAAAUAUCUGUUCUAAUAUUACUAAAGUGGAAUAAUUAUAUGGUUUCCUCUCGUGUCAGUGAAAUCAGUAGAGGGGGAGAAAAAAGAACAACAUAUGUCAAUUAUUUCAAAAUGAAAUAGAACAGGUUUUCUGUUCUAAAUGAUACCUUAAUGAGACCUGAACCCUUGUGCACUGUCUGUCCAGACAGAAAGCACUAAGCAGAGAUAGGAACUGUUCCAGCUGGAACAGAUUGGGUGGCUGACCUCAGAGUUUGACGUGGAACUGGCAAAUAAAACCCCUCCUGACCUGAGGGGCGGCCCAGCGCAGAGGACCCACGCACCCAGAGCACCUCGCCGCAAGCUGUGACCCUGCACCCGCGCGGGAACUGCCGCCCGCUGCGCCCACCUGAAAUCACGCCUUCUCCUCGGGCUCGUACGCACCGAACCAGCAGACAGCCUCUUCUUCCAGCAAGGGCUUCUGACGGCUCCCCUCUCUAAGGAAUGCUUUUACAUGCCAUGGGCAGACUCCCCAAAGUGUCUAUUUGAUAUGACUGAUUCAAUAAACGUCAAUAGUCAA